UAAUCUUUUGACACCAUUUCCGUUGGCUUUUGACUCGAUAUUUCGGUCAUUUUAAUGCAGGAAACAGUUUAUUAAAUUCUUAAAAAAGAUGUUAGCAUUCAUUCGAUCUAAAGCAAACGUUCAAAGGUGCAGUUCGUGGCACCAAAGUAAAAGAGUUGGGUUGAAUUAGGCGACUUACAGGAACAACGAUUCAACGAUGAGAAAAUCUGAUAUACGUGGGCUGACAUCAACAUCAAGUUCUUUUGAAAUGAACUUUGAUAAUUUUAAAGCGAAACGUCGAAAAGCGUUGGGUGGAAAAUAUUUUUCAAAUGUCAAACAGUUCUUUAACGGCUAUAAAAGUCGUGUCAGAAAUAAAAGAGAUAGGUCCAUGUACGAUGUAGGCUGUCAAUUCGUUAAGAAAGAGGAGAGCACUGUCACUUCAAAGGUGACCAACAAUGAAACAUCAACGAGUUUUGAUAAAGAUUCUGUCAUCGUACGUUUCGACCAAAAAGAUGUUCUGGUAUUAGACAGAAAGAAGGACCCGAGUCUCGUCUUCUCGGAAAAAGAAGUAGAUCCAAAAUGCUAUGACGUAACGACAGGUUUACCUGAAACAAUUCUAGAAUAUCUUUUGGAAACUCGCCUUGACGGUGAUGAUGACAAUGACAGUUCACAUCAGGAUUCGUUGGUGGAUGAUUUUAUAUUAACAUUUCCAUUAUUUAUAAACGAAGAAGAAUUAUGUGUUAUACUUAAAAGAUACUACCAUGGUUCUGUAAGAAUACAAUACGCUUUCUCGACAAAAGUAAACAAAUCUCCUCAGGACGGUGGACACAAACGAAAAAAGCGUUUGGUUCGCUUCAUUGUUCGAUGGAAUCAGCUUUCUUAUCACAUAUUUUACGAAAACGAACAUGUCAAGCAUCUACUAAAGGACUUGGUUAAUGAUCUUGAAAAAGAAAACUUGCAGGAUGAGUUAUCGCUGCUGGAGCAGCUUCUUGAUCAGACAUCCAAGCAUCCCAGGUAUUCCAAUGGGUAUGAUGAUUUCAUGUCUUCGAUGAUUUUGGAAAAUAAGGAAUUAGCUGAUGCAAGCAAUAACGAUAAAUCUCGAAGCUCACUGGAUGAUGAAUUGUUGAUGCGUCUCAAUGAUUGUUGCCCUAUUAAAGCGUCUGAUAAUGUUAUAUUUCAGGUUUAUCGUUUCGAUCACACCUACUCAAAGUUUCGCUGUCGUCGCGAUUCGACUGUUCGUCACAUCAUUAAAAUAUGCUGUGAAAAAUGGAAGAUUGACAGCGAAUGCCUUCUUUGUGAGCUUAAAUCAAAUGGAGAAAAACAAGUUUUCGGCUAUGACGAUAUAGGGAUAGUUUCGCGUGUCAGUGUAAAUGGCAGAUUGUUUUUAGCUCCUAAAGAAGAACUGGAAAGGCUUGUACCACUACCUGAACAAGAAGGGCCAGAAAGUGAAGUUCAAAGUUCGUUGACCGAACUAAGUGCGAAAGAAUUAGCCUACCAUUUGACAAUUUAUGAAAAUCAAUUAUUUAGAUCAGUUAGCGUGUAUGAAUUUCUUUACCACGUGUUUGGUGUCAAAAAUUUUUCUGGAAAAGUUACGACAAACUUGGACUUGUUUCUUAGAAGACUGGACGAGAUCCAGUUUUGGGUGGCAACAGAGCUGGCUUUGGCAUGUCACAUUUCGAGAAGAGUCCAACUUCUAAAGAAAUUCAUAAAGAUUGCAUCGCACUGUAAAGAUUUCAAAAAUUGGAACACAUUUUUCGCUAUUAUUUUGGGAUUGAAUAACUCAGCUGUUAGUCGCAUGACAAAUACAUGGGAGAGAUUGCCGACAAAGUUUAAGAAAAUGUUUGAUGAUUUUUCUGGUAUUUUGAAUCCUUCCAGAAAUCAUAGAGUUUACAGGCUUUCAAUGGGUUCUUUGGAGCCUCCUAUAAUACCUUUUGCUCCAUUGUUCAUUAAAGACAUGACAUUUGCUCACGAAGGAAGCGAUACAUGGACUGGAGAUAGUCUAGUGAACUUUACUAAAAUGCGACUCGUCGCCUCUACUCUUAGACUUAUACAAUUUUGUAGAAGCAUUCCACUGACUAUCGAUCCUCCUACAAUGUCAAAAGGAUUUCGAGAAAUCUGCAAACAUGUCAGAGAUCUUCAAGUGAUUGACAAACAAGAUAAACUCGAUCAUUUGGCGUUGGACAAUGAUUUCAAACCAUCGUCACCCACAAGAUCUCAAACAAUAUAGGAUGUAAUCCGUAUAGAAGUGCAUUGUUCUGAACAACAUUGUCGUGUAUUCUUACCUUUAUGUUUAAAGACUGCAGUUCUAUCUACAUGUGCAAUGUAAUGGCAUCCGUUUUUAACUGUUGAGAGUUAUUUAUUCCCGAUGACAUUUUCUCAAUUCAACCAUUAAGUCUUUACGUACUUUAUACGUUGAAAUAUUAUUGUCUUUGUAUAUACAUGUGUGUGUAAAUAGACGUCUUGACACCAUUGAAUUGGACAAAAAUAAUAAUACAGUUUUCUACUCCUA